AGCUGGCGCGCGCGCGUGUGUAUGCGUGUGUUUGUGGGCGAGGGGGAAACACGCGUUCCAAACGUAGACUUAUAAAAAAGGCUAGACUGAGAGCUCCCAUUGUCUGCAGUGGACACUUCGCAGUCGCUUUGGGGAGCCAUUUUGUUCCCUCCUUCGCUAGCGCGGAAGUCGGAGGUUGAGAAAAGCGGCGGGGAAACGCAGGAAAAUUAAGGAUUUUCAGCGAGGUGUGGUUGGGUGGAAGCAAAAGAGAAAAAAGGGGGCAGAAGAAGGAACAAAACCAAGUGUUCUGCAUGUUCCUAACUCUGGUUCUAUUCCCUAUGGGAUGUGCUCCUGAUUUAUGGAUUUUUAAAAGAAUGCCUAGAUCAUGAAAAAGCAAAUUCCGAAUUUUUUUGCUGUCUGCCAGCCAUGCAGACUGUGGCUGAAAACGGAUGGUUUAUGAAAGCCCUGCGAUGUAAUAUAAUUUUAAUUUAUUUAGGCUGCAAUCCACAGCACGCUUAUCUACAAGGCCAAGUCACAAGGCAUCGCUUCUUUCCUUUGUCUAGAGGGAUGAGUCUACCAAGCCCAUGUUCCCAAGAUGAUGUCUAAGAAGCAACGAUGUGAACCGCCAGAGUCCUAGAGGGGCAUGUGCCGAGCUCUAUCUCAGUGGGACAUUCCCAUCUGAAAACACCACCCGAUCCGAUGUGCAGUGAUCUUUGGCCAGGAACCAGUGUGUGCUGGGCAGAAUAAGAGUUUCCAUUUUUUAGGACGCGUGCUGCUUUUCUACCUGUGUCCUCUCAGGAGCAGGGGCUGAAUGUAAGAGGCGUGCAUAGAGCAAGAAGUGCACAUUGGUCCUCCGCAGAAGGAAUCUACAUCUGAACAUGGCAAGCUGUUGCUCGGUAACCAACUGCAAAAACCGCCGUUGGCAUGGUACUCGUGUCACCUUUCACAGGUUUCCUCUUACAAAGGAAGAACAGUUAAAAAAAUGGCUCGCGAACAUCGGACGCAAGAAUUUUACCCCUUCCUACAAUGAUGUUGUGUGUUCAGACCAUUUCAGAAAGACGGAUUUUUGGGGGAAUGUGGCUUCUGGACGAAGAGAUCUAAAACCUGGAGCAGUUCCAACUGUGUUUAGAGUACUGGGUCGACCGAAGAAGGGUGCUAGGAAGCGAAUUGCUAAGAAGAGGCGAGCCCUUGUGCGGCGCAAGUUACCAGAUCCUGAACCGAGCAAUCCAACAGAGAUCAGCGAUAGCAGUGUGGAUGCAGAAGCAUCCUCCUCCAAGAGUGACAUUGUAACUUUGGAGCAUUCCUACUCAGCGCCACCAAGCCCAGGUAAAGCCUCUUCCACUCUGGAUCGUCGCAUGGUUUCCACACGGGACCAAGGGGCAGGAGACUCCCAGCCGAGAAAAAGCCCUCGUCUCCUCCAGCUUAGAAACAGAAUGAGCAGGGAAAGAGCAAGGCAAAAUGCCCCGGGAGAGGCCAUGAUCAUCUCAGACGUACAGCGGCAGCAUUUCCGGGAUUACUGCUACCAGGAGACUGAGGGCCCCCGCGCGGUUUGCAGCCAGCUCUGGGACCUCUGCCGUCACUGGCUGCAGCCAGAUAGGCACACCAAGCUGCAGAUGCUGGAGCUGGUGAUCAUGGAGCAGUUCCUGGCCAUCCUGCCCCAGGAAAUGCAGGACUACGUCAAGGAAUCGGGACCAGUGAACUGUGAUGAAGCGGUGGGCCUGGCGGAGGAAUUUUUAGAGAAUCAGCGAAAGGAAGAGGAAGCACCAGCUGAUUUCUCAGUAGUGAAGGUUUCUUUAGGCACGCAGAUAAUCAAGGAGGAAGAAAAUGGCACGUUGUUGAAAGAUGGGACUAUGAAAGAGAACCAGGUGGAGAGCGUUGAAAAUGAAGGAGUAUGCCAGGAAAAUAUUUCCUCUGUGAUUGAGGUUGCAGAAACAAGUGAGGUCUGGGAAGGCAACGAUGACAGACGGCCUUGUGCAACAUGGACGGAUGGGGAUGAAGUUGCUCGGGGGGAUUCUGGGAAUUCAGACGGCCACAAAGUGGCCAAGAAGAGGAGGAAGGAAAUGACAGCAGGUAUCAACCAAGUACAGGCCAAUGAUGACAAUAGCUGUCCGGUGGAAAAACCAGAGCAAACAGGUGUUGAUGGAGUAUCCCUAAAAGGAGCUGAAGGGAAUUGUUCUCAGGGUCUGAACCUGACUGAAUCGGAGAAGUCUAAUGAUGGGGAGAAGCCAUAUGGAUGCUCCAAAUGUGAGCAAAGCUUCAGUAAUAAAUCACUCCUCCUAGAACACAGAAGAUCUCAUCCAGGAGACAACCGAUACGGAUGUUCCAUGUGUGAAAAAAGGUUCAAUAAGAAAGCCCGUCUUCUUGCUCAUGAGAGGUCACAUACAGGAGACAAACCCUACCAGUGCUCCGACUGUGGCAAGGCCUUUGGUCAGGAAGCAUCACUCAUUACCCACCAGAGGACCCACACAGGAGAAAAACCAUAUGAAUGCCUCGAGUGUGGAAAAACAUACCCAUGGAAAACAUCCCUGGCUGUGCAUCAGAAAAUCCAUGCUGGAGAGACCUAUUCAUGCCCGGUGUGUGAGAAAAGUUUCAAUCAGAAAUCGUUACUACGGAUACACAAGAGGAUCCAUACGGCUGAGAAACUAUACAAAUGUGCAGAUUGUGACCAGAGCUUUACCCUUGAAAAAUACCUUAAUGCCCACAGGGUGAGGGCUCACACGAGAGAGAGGCCUCAUGCAUGUGCACACUGCAGCAAAACCUUCAUUUUUAAAUAUUCUCUCAUCGAGCAUGAGAGGAUGCACACCGAUGAGAGACCCUAUGAAUGCUCGGACUGUGGAAAGCGCUACAACGGGAAAGCUGCCCUUGUUGUCCACAAAAACACCCAUGCAGGAGAGAAACCGUACCUGUGUCCCGACUGUGGCAAGCGCUUCAAAACCAAAUGUGCCUUAACUGGACAUGAGAAACGCCACAGGGGAGAGAAACCACACAAGUGCUCGCACUGUGACAAAAGCUUCUACUGGAAACAUCGCCUUGUUUUACAUGAGAGAAUCCACACAGGAGAGAGACCAUACCAGUGCCCCGAAUGUGGGAAAAGCUUCAGGUAUAGAAACAACCUGACCAAACACAAAAAGAACACGCAUGAGACAAUCCGGACAGGAGACAGGACCUAUCAGUGCUCCAUCUGUGGCAAAAGUUUCCGUUGGAGAAGGAGUUUUAUUUUGCACGAAAGAGCCCACACAGGAGAGAAACCAUAUAAAUGCCUUGAAUGUGGGAAAAGCUUCAUGAGCCGGGUAUCUCUUAUUGUUCACAAGCGAAUCCACACUGGGGAAAGACCCUUUCAGUGCCUUGAGUGUGGGAAAAGCUUUAUUAAAAAACAAGCUCUCAGUAAACACAGAACAGUCCACACAGGGGAGAGGAGAUAUUUAUGUACAGUGUGUGGAAGGAGAUUCUCUAAUAAGGGCAACUUGAUCCGACACACAAAAAUCCACACAGGAGAGAAACCGUAUACCUGUGCCACAUGUGGGAAAAGUUUCAUUCAAAAAGUGUGUCUUAUUGAACAUGAGCCAACUCAUAGCAAAGAGAAACCUUACAUCUGCCCUGAGUGUGGUAAAAAAUUCAAACGGAAACGAGGCUUCCUUUUGCAUGUUCGAGCACACAGGGGAGAGAAAGCACUUAGCCCCUCCAAGAAAAGCAUUAAUGGGGGAGAACCCCUUACUCCAGAUGCAAAGACCUCUGUGAAAGAGAAAUGUCAUCUGUGCCCGGACUGUGGCAAGAGCUUCCACUCAAAGUGUCACCUCAUUAUGCACCAGAGGACCCACACGGGAGAGAAGCCAUACCAGUGCACAGAGUGUGGGAAAAGCUUCAGCCAACAGUCCUCCCUUAAUACACACCAGAGAGUCCACACGGGAGAGAAGCCGUCAUUAUGUACGGAAUGCGGCAAAAGCUUCCAUAAUAAAAGCAACCUGGCGAGACACCAGAGGAUCCACACUGGGGAAAAACCGUUCACGUGCCCAGAGUGUGGAAAAAGUUUCAAUCAGAAAGCCUCCCUGGAGGCCCACAAGGCAACCCACAGCAAAGAAAACCCCUUCUCCUGCCCAGACUGUGGGAAAACCUUCAAGCUGAAAGUGUCCCUCCUCAUCCACCAGAGAACGCACACAGGAGAGAAACCCUAUGAAUGCUCUCAAUGUGGGAAAAGAUUUAUUAGAUGUUCGCAGCUUCGAAGGCACGAGAAGAGCCACACAGAUUUUAUAUCGCUUGAAGCAAAUCAAAUCAUUUUGCCCAUUUCAGAAGUGGUCGCUGAAGCUACCGAAACUACAGAGCUUUCUCUGGAAACAAUAAGCACGGCCGUGAUAAACGUGGACGGAGAUUUAUUUUUUGUGCAAACAACUGCAUAGACCUGGAUCGCUUGCUUCAAGGAGCAAUGGUUAGGUGCCAUGAUUCAGAUUGUCUAUCUGUCAACCCAAAAAUAGAAGUUCACCAGAAUAUUCGUCUUUAGUCAUUCUGUGUGUUAUAUUUUUGUUGUACUGCUCUAUGGCAAAACACCCUCUGUGUUUUAUAGUUAACUACAAUUUUUCUUUUGUAAAAUGCAAUAAUAUCUUUAGGAAACACAAUAUAUUGCAGUGUAGUUCAACCUUUCUCAGCACGGUGCCCUCAGGAACACCUGGAAGGGAAACUGGUUGUGGGGGGCUGAUAGAGAUUAUUUCAGGCUAGACUGUAAAAGAAAAAUACUUCUUCUGAAAACAACUACAAAAGAGUUUUUGGCUGUUGAUUGUCCAUUGCAGUGUCUCAGCCUUAACCUAUCUCAUUAUGAAGGAUAUAAUGGCCAUGAGAAUAUAAUAUUGGGAGAGCGGAGCAGUAUCUUGAGCACCUUAGAAAGGCAAUAUAAUAAAUAUAAUAUAUACAUACAAGAUUCCAGAAUUCUGAAAGCCAGCAGGAGGAUGCCAGAUGAAGCUCCUUGUGUCAAGAGUUCCACAACUGGGAUGCCACCACGAAGAAGGCUCUGGAUCUUAUGACAACCUGCUGGAUUUUAUGUGGCAGGAGGACUCGCAAAAAACCUGUUUGCCCUGACUGCACAAAUGUACCAAGAUAAUUCUCUGCUUUAUCCCUACCUUUAUAGUUUAACUGGAAACCAUCUGAUCAGUUUAUAUGCAGCGACACCCUUGGUUCUUUCUGGAUUGAAUGUAGCCUCAUAUGUGGUAGAGAACUUCCCAGCUGUGAUUUGACCAACAUUUCAGAAAAUAUGCUCUGUAGUCAUGUUCCUUUAAGCUGGAUGCCACUCCAAAUGCUUUUAAUUAUUUUUGUAUAUUGGUAAGAGAUUAUUUUGGAUUGCUGAGUAAAUAAAUUUAUGUUACCUGC